AUGCAUAUCAAUCAGCCUGGUGGUAAAGGUACUUUCUGUCCAAAUUGUAGGCAAAAGAAAGCCUUUGAUGGUGAAUUGGUUGCCCAACCUGCGCUCGAAGCAGCAGCGAAUCACUGGCGGGACGCGAGGUACAAAUUUGAUGUUGCAUCCCUUAAUGCCCAUCUGGAUUAUGGGUGUGGUAUCGAGCCAGCAACUAAUUCAACCUCAAUGGAUAGUUGGUUGGGUGUUUCUAAGGAGACCAAUACUCAGGCCACAAAAAAGCUCACUCGCCCGCAAUACCACUUGAAGACAGAGCGCGAUAUGCGCAAACUUCUCGAGAAAGCAAAUCGUGAUCAGUAUGCUGAUUUGGCGGCUCGAGCGCGUGCUUCGCUACAUCAAAAAACUAAUAAUAUGUCAUAG